CUAGGGAACUAGAAGAUAACAUGUCCGUUUGCUGUCUUCCCUCUCCCUUCUUCAUGCUGGCUUAACCACAAACUAGCGUUACAGAGUGCCGUGAUCUCCGAGGUUUAUACGUCUUCCGCGGCUGUGGCCACUUCCAGCUUCGCCAUGGAUACCGACACCACACUGGACAAAGCAAAUCAGCGCAAGACGGCAGCCUCUAUAGUGUCCCUCUCAAAUGAGCUCAUCGCCCAGAUAGCCCGUAACCUUGGUACUUUUGACAAGUAUAACCUUGCUCAGACGUGCCGAACCCUUUCACCCGCCGUUAUCUUGGCCUUGUACCAGGAGGAAGCGGAUCAUGAUAAUCACGCUCUCUGGUGGGCAUCCGCAACCGGUACUCUAAACACCUUCAAGUACAUCUUAGAGCUAAAUCCAGCUUUGGUCAAUCAUCGAUUUCAACAAUCCCAUACCCUUUCUCCUCACACCUCAGAAGGUGUGGGUUGGAGCAGAGGCUUAAGUCCGCUUUCCGUGUCUAUUACGUGCGGCCAUUACCAUAUCGCCAAGUACCUGUUACGGCUUGGGGCCGACGCUAACCUGCCCGACGAGCACCGGAUUCCUGGAAACACAAGACUAUGGUCCCCCAUCAACCACGCCGUGUGUCUAGCUACCAGUCCACGUCAGCUAAACAGACUCCUUUAUCUCCUCCGUCGGUUCCAUGCAGACGUCAACACGGCACCGUGUAAGGACGGGGAGGCCUCGGAUAAUGGCUAUCAGCUACGGCCUCCAAUUGGUGGGAUCCAUGACUAUGUGGAUGCCCUGAGAGGUGUCAAUAACGUGGGCAAUUUCCCAUAUAGCUCCCGAGACAGGGCACCGCUCCUCUAUAUGAUGAGUUUUAGCCCACCUCAAUAUACCCAGGAGCAGUCCUUCAACAUUGCGGUCAACGAUUUCUACGAUGACUAUAGGAAGCUUCUCUACGACCGCUCCGUAAUGGCAAAUAUUAUGCUAAGGCACGGCGCUAGCGUCACGCUUCCCGACGACGAAACGCGAUUACCGCCCUUGUUCCAUCUUGCAUUAUCCUUGGUCGACUUUCAGGCAUCGCUUCCCUUCUGUGAGGGAUUUGCGCCAAAACGAUCGAUCGAGACGCAGUACAAGACGGUCAUCUCACCAUACGCAAUCCGAUAUUUCUCCAUAUUGAAGAAACACGGGGCCUGCUUCAAUACGAGGUUUGGGGGCACUUCGUUAUUACACAUCGUGUGCACCCGGAGCGAACGUUACGAGGAUGUAAUCGACUACCUCGUUAACUCAGGGAUGGACGCCAAUGUUGAAGAUGACCACGGUCGAACGCCACUCUUUGAGUUCGCGGCUUUCCCCCCGAGCAGCACCAGAGUCUGGGCUCGGUUCGUCCAAUCCGGUGCUCGCGUUGACCAUGCAGAUCACAAUGGUUCAACCCUGCUACAUCACAUCUGUACCAAGUUUACAAGAAGCCAGGUGUUACUUCUCGAGACCAUUCAGAUGCUCAUUAGGCUCGGCGCGGAUGCGGGUGCCAAGGAUAAUAGCGGAAGAACAGCAGCAGAUAUCUGCGACAGUAGACGCGUGAAGCCGGACCAAGAGAUUAUCGACUGUCUUCGCGAAUGCGAGCAGAGAGGCAAGUCCCACCACGGAAAGCGGUCAAAACGUCAUGACAAGAGCCAGGCAGAUAGGGGCAGGGAUGCCAGUAUCCAGAGUAGUACCCAUUCGGGUCAAAACGGGAGUAGAGAUUCGAGUAAUAGCGGCAGCAACCGAAGGGGCGACAGUGUAAGCACCAAUGGUGAGGAGAAAAGAGGCAGAAACCGAGGCAGAAGGCAAGACCACGGCAGGGACUGGAACAGAGGUAUGAUAUGGGGACUUUAAAACUAGAGGAUAGAGUGUAUCCCGUUCCCGGCCCCGGUUACGGGCGGGAAACAUUGGUGACUGGGUCACUCCGGUCCCUUUAGUCGACCCUUGGGCCUACGGUAAGGGCAAGAUGCGAGGUUUCGCGAGGCCUGAUGGAUUUAAUAGCUCGCCGGAGAUGUUAGGAGAGGCUCGAAUCAGGUACACG